UUUAAAUCGAUCUUCUCUCUGAUCAUGCGAUAAGUGUUCUUUUUAAUUUGACACGUUCAGCUGAGAAGCAACGUGCUUUUUCACACCAUACUUUAGGGGUAUUCAUUUUAUUAAAAUUUUCCAACAAAUAACUUAUUAACACAUACCGAAAAUGGCUGUAGUACAUCCUUUAGAUAAUACAUUUUGGACCGAUGCUCAUCGUUAUAAGGAUGCUGAAGUGAAUUAUUAUACAAAUUUAUCGAAGCUUCAGAAUAACGUAAAUCCUUCCUCUUUACCAAACGAAAUCAGUUCUAACAAAUCACAAUCCAAAAAGAAUAAAAAAAAUAACGAUCCAAAUAAUAUAUCCGUUCAAGUGACAAUAUCCCCAAUAACAAGUGUCCAAAAUCCUCCUGCUACUGCUAACAUAGAAAAUAAGGAUUCGGGGAACGCUUCUGGUGGCAAGAAAAAACGUAAUAAAAAAUCCAAGGGUGGCGCCAAUGCACCUGAAAAUUCAUUAGCUGCACAAGUUCAAAAAGCUCGUCAACAACUCCAAAAUCAAUUACAAAAUGCAGAUAAAGGCAGCAACACAUCUUUAGCAGAUCUUGUAUUAAAAUUAGAAGAAGAUAAAUUGAAAUUAGAAAAGACUGUGUCAUCGCUUAUCGAUAGAAUAAGCGCAUUAGAAUUAACGGUUAGUAAGUUACAAGGCGUCAAAUCACAAUCCGCUGCUUCCAGUGUACCCCAAAAGAGUGCGGCACCUCCACCAGCCAAAAAAGUAGAAGAAGAUGACGAUGAUGUUGAUUUGUUUGGUUCAGAAUCAGAAGGUGAAGAUGAAGCAGCUGCCAAAAUUCGAGAAGAACGUUUAGCUGCAUAUGCUGCCAAAAAAUCUAAAAAACCAGUGUUAAUUGCAAAAUCAAACAUCAUUUUCGACGUGAAACCAUGGGACGAUGAAACCGACAUGAAACAAUUAGAAGGAAUUGUACGAUCAAUUGAACAAGAUGGUUUAUUAUGGGGCGCUGCAAAAUUAGUACCAUUAGCAUACGGCAUCCAUAAAUUACAAAUCAGUUGUGUGGUUGAAGAUGAUAAAGUAUCUGUUGAUGAAAUCCAAGAAAAAAUUGAAACUCUGGGCUCUGAAUUCGUUCAAAGUGUGGAUAUCGCUGCUUUUAACAAAAUCUAAACAAAUUUUUUAUUUCGGAAAUCUUUUUUUUUACCCAAAAUUCUUUAUUUUUUGAAACGUACUGUACUUCAAUAUUUAAAACGUACUGUUAACUUGUAAAAUUCUACAAUUAUGUUGAGAUAACAAAUAUAUACAAGUUUUUUUUCCUUCUCUAACAA